CAAAGUCAGCUGUCCAUCUCCGCGAGAAGCUGACCGAAGUGCUGCAAGUCUUCGCAGAACCCCCAUUUUUAACUAACGGAAAGUUGUGGACAUUCGGUACAAGCUGAUGCUCCUCUAUCCGACGAUCACUGAGAGUAAACAGGUGGUGCUAGAGUAGCACAGGAUGGCGAUGGACACCCAAAAAACCUAUGCGGUAUUGGGAAACUGCCUCUCCAUCGGAAUUACGACCGUUUGCCAGGAAAAAAACUUAGGGAAACUAGAAGGAGGACAAGCUCUCUGCGAUCACCUGAGAAACGACCAAGAGAUAGUGGAGUUGGUCUUCAACUUCAACGGAACGCUCAUAGCGGACUCUGGAAGCAGCGACGAUCUUCGGCUUCGCCUUGUUACUAUACAUCGCAUGGAGAAAAAUAACCACCACCAAGGGCAUUCCAACGCAUCGAGGCACCGUCGUACUGGAGGCGCACACCAUCAGUGAUCAGUAAUGAGAUGCUGAUCUACGGGACGCAUAUUUUCGAAAGGGAAGACUUAACAAAUAACAGCACCGACUACCUGUCCCCGCCCCGUGCUGACUCGGCACAACAUCAUCCACCAUACGCCGACCGGGCACCGACCCACUGGCACGGGCACUAACCUACUUGGCCCCGCCCCCGUGCCAAGUCAGCACAGCAACAUCCGCCAGCCUGCUGACUGCUCACCGUGCAAGUGGAGUACGGUGGGAAAUGCAAGAUCGGCAAAAGCUGACGCUGACGCUGACGCCGACGUCAACGCCAACCCACCGAGGGCUGAUGGUAACAGAAGAGAGAAUGUACCGACACUCUGGAUUUGACAGCGACUAAAUAAUAUUUAAUAAACACAAUUAUAAUUUUGAAACUGAAACUGAAGUCUUCUGCUGAAUUACUUGGACUUGAAGGAAAGCUUGGGACCUAACUUUCUGGACUAUCGAGGAUUUAACUCCGUCAUGACUAGGUAUUGAACAGGUCAUUCUCCAGGACCAAGCCAAGCUAUGGAGAAGGACUUAACUUGCAUGCACAUAUGUAUGUAUAUAAGCGGUCAGUAUGGGAACCAUGCUGACUCGGCUCUAAGCGCGGUAUGCUAAUAGUGCAGAUCAUAUUACGUUUGCACUUGAAACGGCUGUGGGCACUUGGCACGCUGUCGCUGAGUGACAAAGACAAUGCUUAUUGGCAUAACAACAAAGUGUUGUGACUUCGGCUAACAAAGUGUUGCCGCUCAAUAUUUAUUUUAUGUGAUAAGAAGGCAUAUUGGCAUACAUUCCAAUAAAAUAACCCAAAAAAUUCUGGUUUCGUUACCCGAAAGUGGCGUGAUGAAAUCCCUCAAAAGGUUUUAAACAGUUUGAAAAGGUAAAUAUACAGGUAUGCAAUAAAACACAUUUUUUAAGCAAAUGCUUUUAUUUUUUCAGAAACAAAUUAUUAAAAAAAACAUAAUAAUUGUAAUUCUUCAGAAAAUUUAAAUUAUACAUUUUAAAUAAAAUAUAGUUCAAAGUAAA